AUGUACUCCCCAGUCCGAAGCCUCUUCCGCGCUCCAAGCCGUUUCCUCCGCACAUUCAGCACAUCCUUACCAGCCUGCCAGUCAAACCUCCCAAAAUUCAAUGCAGCACCUUCCUUUAAAUUGACCCAAAGUCCCAACCCUGGAUGGAAAUGGGGGGAGGGUCUGGCACCCAAGACUAGCCAGCUCGCUAAGGAGUGGAAGGAGGACGAGAAGAAGGGCUGGAAGUCUUUCCCGCUCAAAGAGACUCACGGAAGGGAUGUGUACUUCCUGUUGACGAGUUCAGUCAUCCCUCGCCCCAUCGCAUUUGUUUCUUCCCUCUCCGCAGACAAUGUUCCAAAUCUCGCGCCUAUGAGCUAUUUCUCUUUGCUUGCACAUGACCCUCCCAUGGUCGGCGUAUCCUUCGCGAUGUUCCAAGGGAUCGGGAAGAACACGCGGGAUAAUAUUCUGGCCACAAAGACAUUCACUGUCAACAUCAUCAGCGAGCCGUUCCUCGACGCCGCGAACGCGUGUUCGGUUGAUGCGCCCGCGGAAGUUGACGAGUGGGCACUCAGCGGUCUGACGCCAGAACCCAGCACCGUCGUCAAGCCUGCGCGUGUCAAGGAAAGUGCUGUCAGUCUCGAGUGCGAGCUCUUCAACUCGCAAGACCUGUUGUCGAACUACGGUCCCGAAGUCACCACCACUUUUGUCAUGGGUAGCAUCAAGAUGGUACACGUCCGGAACGCCGUGCUCUCUCCUGAUGGUGUGAACGUCGACCCUGCGAAACUUCGACCAAUGUCGCGUCUUGGAAUGGUUACCUACGCACGGUUGGGCGACGGCAUUGAUAUCCCCAUCCCCAUGUGGGCACAGAAGGGCGAGGAGGCUCAGCGAUUCCUUGAGUCGAAGGGCAAGAAGUAG